AUGACUCCCGCCAAAGUUACUAUGUUCAAUCCCAAAGAAGUUUGGGACAAUUUGUAUGGCAAGUAUGUGAAUCUCAAGAAAAAACCUCCUGCCUUCAAAGUGGGGGAUAAAGCGAGAUUGAAUAAUAAAUUUAGACCUUUCAAAAAAGGAUACUUACCCAGUUGGACUGAAGAAGUGUUUGUGGUACGCAAAGUCUUACCGGGUAUGACCACCACCUAUAAAGUGCAAGAACUCGACGACACACCUUUGCAGGUUACGUUUUACGCCUGGGAUUUACAAAAAGUACAAUUGGACGAAUCCUCGUAUUUUAGAGUCUUGAAACGACAAAAAGAUAAAUUGUAA